UUAGAGCCAAUGUGUGUGCUCGCACACAGACUACAGGAGUUAGAGUUUUGCAUGUGAGUAUGCAUGCUUAGAACUCUGUCCUUCCUAAGCAAAAGAAAACUCUUCUGAAGAAACUUGGAGGCUGAGGGGGUUAAAUGAAACCCAACUCCCCUUUUCCUGUGUUGUAAGGCUUAGUAACCAAACAGAAGCUGGAGAAAAGAGCGGGUUAGGAGCCACUGUUUGAACCUGAACGGUAGGAAAGUGGUUUUUGCUGCUUGGCUACAGAGUGGUGUCAGUGCCUCCAGCUUUUGCACUCACCUUUCACAGGUACACGCAGAAGACACAGAUGAAGAACUUGUUCCUUCUGUUCCUGCUAGCAGUGAUGCUGCCUUCUGGAUUUGCAGGCCAAAGGAUGAAGCGUCAGGCUGGUGUUUGGGGGAGCUGGGGUGAAUGGGGCAAGUGCAGUCGGAGCUGCGGUGGUGGAGUCAGUGUUCGACAACGGCGCUGCUACUUCCAAAGGACAGAAAGUACUUCCAGUUGCAUUGGACCAACUCGAAGCUAUCGCUCAUGCAAUAUUCAGAGCUGCCCAGAAGGCUCCAGAGAUUUCCGGGCAGAGCAGUGUGCAGAGUUUGAUGGGACAGAAUUUCAAGGAAAGAAAUACAAGUGGCUUCCAUAUUAUGGAGCACCCAAUAAGUGUGAGUUAAACUGUAUUCCAAAAGGAGAAAACUUCUACUACAGACACAAGGAAACUGUGAUAGAUGGGACUACUUGUGAACCUGGCAAGCGAGAUAUCUGUGUAGAAGGAGUUUGCCAAGCUGUUGGCUGUGAUAACAUACUAGAAUCUACCAAGAAGGAGGACAAGUGCCUGCAGUGUGGAGGAGAUAAUAGCACCUGCUAUGAUGUGAAGGGCACUUUUGAUGUGCCCAACCUCCCCAAAGGGUACAAUCAAAUCUUCAUCAUCCCUGUGGGAGCCACCAGCAUCCAAAUCAAGGAGGUUAUGCCCAGCAGGAACUUUAUAGCUGUCAAGAAUGUGCAAGGGGAUUAUUAUCUGAAUGGGCACUGGACAAUUGACUUCAGCCGAACGCUACACAUAGCUAGCACAGUUAUGCACUAUGAUCGUGGCUCAGAAGGUGAUCUGGCCCCAGAGCUCCUCCAUGCCAGGGGUCCCACUACAGAGCCCUUAGUCAUUGAGCUCAUCAGUCAGGAGCCAAACCCAGGAAUACAGUAUGAAUACUACCUGCCUAAGCACAGACAGACCUCAGGUUACAGCUGGAGCUACAGUUCCUGGAGUGAGUGCAGCUCUGAGUGUGGAGGAGGCUUCCAAUCCCGUUUGGUGUUUUGUACCAUAGAUAAUGAAAUUUAUCCGGACUAUAUGUGCAGGAACAAGCCACAGCCAGACAAUAACCGAACGUGUGGCCAUCAGACUUGUCCCCAAACAAAACGGACUUCUUACAUCUCUCCGCCACGAGCCUGGAGCCACGGUGGAGCAUGGAACUCUGAGAUUAAGAGGUGGAAAACAGGGGAGUGGGGACCCUGCUCAGCUACCUGUGGUGGAGGCACCCAGACUCGCUCUGUUUACUGUGUAGCAUUUGAUGGUCAGAAUUCCCAAGGUGUUGUGGACAAUGCUGAGUGUAUGGCCUUUGCACAGCAGCCUCACAGCAGUCAGCCCUGCAACAGGAGACAGUGUGCAACCUGGAGCACGGGGCCCUGGUCAGAGUGCUCAGCCAGCUGUGGGGAAGGUGUCCAGACCCGGACUGUCACCUGCAGAACACAGCAGGGCUCUCAGGCUCAGGACUUUGCUUGUUUAAUGGAGCCAAAGCCACCAGCCACCCAGCCGUGCCUUAAGGAGAACUGCAUCCAAGAAGUUGGCUGGCAUGUUGGAGACUGGGGCCUGUGUUCGAAGAGCUGCAAUUCAGGCAUCCGGACGCGCCAAGUUAUCUGUGCUGAUGGUGACUCCAAAUUCUACAGUGCUGAUAUAUGCAAAACCAUCCAACCACAGAAACCAGCCACCCUGGGUAGCUGCAACGUGCAGCCUUGCUACCUGCCACAGCAGGUUCCCAGUAUGCAGGACACUAUGGGAUAUGAUAUCAGUCGACAGUCCUUGCUGACGCGUUACAACCCAAACAGCCCUCCCACAGAUUUUGGUGAUGGAAGGUUGCUCCCUGGGAGCUCCGCAGACCACAGCAGCUCUGGGAAUCACCACAUCAACUCCACUGAGGACUAUGGCAUCAACUUGUUGCCUGUUCGCUGGGAAUCCCAGUCACGAUCAUCAAAUUAUCAUCAGCUCAGCAUCACUCAGUACCCCACUGCAGGAACUGGAUCUCAGAACUGUUAUCAGACCCCACAUGGCUGCUGUCCAGAUGGACACACUCCAGCUUCAGGCCCUCUGGGGAGAGGUUGUUCCUCCAAAACCUGUCACCAAAACAGGUAUGGAUGCUGUCCUGAUGGAGUAUCAGCUGCCCAAGGCCCAAACAACAUGGGAUGCCUGCAGUAUGACAGUGAUGUUCAUAUGAGAAGAAAUCAGCCUGCUGCAGCUGUUCCAACAGCAAGCCAAGCCUUGUCCCAGCAGUACCCCUCUGGUGAGUGCCGCAGUUCAGUGUACGGCUGCUGUUUUGACAAUGUCGCUUCGGCUUCAGGUCCUGAAGGGGAAGGAUGUCUCAAUAGGCCCAACUACCCAUAUCCUGUCAUGUGCCUGCUGCCCAGUGCUCACGGCCCCUGUGCAAACUGGACCACUCGCUGGUACUUUGUGACUGUUGUUGGCAAGUGCAACCGGUUUUGGUACGGCGGCUGCCAUGGCAAUAAAAACAGCUUUGCCUCAGAGGAGGAAUGCAUGAGAGUGUGUCAUAGCUCUGUGGGGAUUAGUCCCUUGGAGCACCAGCCCUCUUCUGGCACAGGAGCUCUGCAACAGCAGGACACUGGCUCUCGCUUUCAUAUGGGCACUGCACAGGGUAAGCAGCAGCCCCUGCCAAGAGAGUCUACAAGUCACGGCCAGGAAGGAAGAGCCUAUGGGGCUUCACACCUCACACAGAACAGACAUGGAGAGAACUACUGGAGAAGGCAGGUGCUGCCAGAGACUUUGCAAAGGUCUGGUGUGAUGGAGAGCCAGCAAAGGGGCACCCAGCAAAGCAGAUUGAAAAGCCUGAGCCAGCUGCACUCGACAGGGGAAACAGCAGUGCCUGGGCCCUCUCAGAAGCAGAGCAGCAGUGGCCAGCAGGUGCUGCCACGUGAAGGCAAGCAGUGGCAUAAGGCUUCUGGAACAGACGCUUCCAUGACAGAAGGCUUUGGGCACCAGGUGUCUGCAGAUUCCUUCCCAACACAGAAUCUGCACAGAGCCGUUCUGGAGGAAGCCAAGCCCUCCCUUGUGACAGCAGUCAUGGGACAAAACAUCCAACUGGUCUGCAAGGCAAGCACGGCUCCCUUCUCCAGGGUGGAGUGGAUGAAGGAUGGCCGGCCAGUCUCAUCUGACAGGCACACCUACCAGUCUGACAGCUCUUUAGUUAUCAGCCAUGUCAAGCUGGAGGAUGCUGGGACUUACACGUGCCUCAUUUCUGAUGGGAGGACAGAGAGACGGCGACAGAUUCAGUUACAGAUCACAGAGUACCAGAGCGCUGUUCUGGCAGAGGGUGAGAGAGGUCAGGUCCUUCACAAGGAAAAUCAGCGACACCGAGAGCUACCCAGAGGCGGGAAGGUUAUACAGGCAGCCGGUUCCUCUGUGCAUCAGCAAUUCACAUAUAGGUUGAGAAUGGACAAAAGCGAGCCCUCGGUAGUGGAGGCCAAAGUCGGGGAGAGAGUCAGACUGCCCUGCACAGUGGAAGCAUCUCCAGCUCUUACCAUUGAGUGGCAGAAAGAUGGGCAGCCCCUCUCCCCUCCCAGACACAGACAGCAGCCAGAUGGGGCCCUGCUGAUCAGCCGGGUUAGCUCUGAGGACGCCGGCUUCUUUACCUGCAUCGCCUCGAAUGGACGUGACCAGGACCAGCGCCAGGUCCUGCUCCGACCUCUAGGAGGGCUGAGGAUUACUGGUCUUCUGCCAAGCAUCGAAGUAUCUGAAGGAGAAACUGCUCAACUUCAUUGCACAGUGACCGGCAACAAUGUGAAUAUAAGGUGGUCAAGAAAUGGAGUCCCAGUGCGGGCAGAUGGCCGCCACAUCCACCUCUCCCAGGAUGGAAGCCUGACCAUAAGCAACGUUCAGUUGGCUGAUGAGGGAUCCUACACGUGCAGCGCCUACAGCAGCAGCAGCUCUGUCAGUGCCAGCACGGAGGUGAAAGUGCUGAGGAGCAGCCCCAGCACAACUGUGAAUCACGUUGUGGACCUGAGCAGAGACUGUGUGGACCAGCCGCACCUCGCCAACUGCGGCCUGAUAGUGCAGGCCCAGCUCUGUGCUAACGAGUACUACGCCAGCUUCUGCUGCGCCAGCUGCUCCCGCUACCAACCACACGCCAGCCCUCCUCAUCGCAGCGGGUGACACACAGCCAAGGCCCCGAGGAACAACAGGUGACAAGACAGGACUAUGUCCUUCUGCUGCAUGGAACUGUUCUGGGAGCUCGGCCCUGCUUGAAAGCUUGAGAGGGCGGAUUUAAUGGUGUAGGGUGUAAUUGCCAAGUGGUGGCAGAACCACCAUCCUCAGGUUUAUUGCAGACUUCUUUCCUCUGACCCCCGUAUGCCUUGCAAUAGCUCAUCCAUGUCUCCAUGUGAUGGUAACUGCUGCUUUUCACAGGAGGUAGCACUGGGAAUAGCCUCUAAAUGACUGAGGAGCACAUUCCCUCUAAAUGCAAAGGAAUCUGGCCAUGACAAACAGUUGAUACAUGUAAAAUUAGCAUUCAGGUCCUGUACAAUCACCAGCUCUAGAGAUGCAGCUGUGAUGUCACCUACUGCAGCUACGUACUGUAGCUGAUUUAUUCGAGCGCUCCUAAGUAGGAUUUAUCUUUGGGUCAGUUUGGUUUCCACUGGAAUGUAUUCAGCUCUGGGUUAGAAUGCAGAAGCAACACUCCACAGAAAGCUUUGGACAAAAUGGAAGGAUAUGUUUAGCCCUUUCUGAAUUGCAGGGAUCAUUACCGUAAUAGCACUAUAGCAUGUUCAGAGAUGAUGCAGAUUAAAUAUCAGUAUCUCGGGGAAUUAUUAUGAAGUUCAUUUGGUUUUUCCAGAGCCAGAACCACACUGUUGAAUUUAAUGCCAAUAUGGGCUCUUGGUAGCAGUGUGCUGGGUGUCAGCUUGGAGAGGAGAGUAACACACAUAAAUAGGUGUGGGUACAUUUGUCUUGCUAGAAUAAAUUUCCCAAUGUUCUUCUGUGUUGUCAGUAAACUCCAGAAACACCUGGGUCUGCAUGUGGCCUGGGCUGGUUCUUGCUGUUAUGUGCUAAUAGGGAUUUCCAGGUACAGAGGCAAAGCAGUUACAGCUGAAAAGCAUCCGUCCUGUCUGGACAGACACAACACAGUGGCAGCCUCAAUAUUGUUAUCCCUAAAAGCAGCCUCUUUCUGCGCUACCUUCUGAGUCGUGGGUAGAUCGCUGGUGUUAAUUAGCACCACUCACUGGAUGUAUGGAUGUACUUACACUUCUUGCUGGUCUCUUGAUGUGUAGUGCUGAUGCUGAUGUUUGCAGGUGGGUAGUAAGGACUGUUUUUUUGCGACAGCUUUUUUCUUAGUGUGUUGUUUUUAGGUGUCUUUCUUCCUACUUCUACUUCUCUAAUAAAUUAAAGGCUUCUAUGGAAGGAAGCUAAUUCUGGACUGUGAUCACAGUCCUUUCCUCUCCUUCAGUCCAGAACCAGCACUCAGGGCAGCAGUAAUAUGUGGGUGUAAAUCCGCAGGCUUGGCAGCCUAAGGCUGGUUGAACUCUAAAUCCAGCAAAUCUGUUCAGCUGCAUCUAAAAAUACAAAUUACCAUCCUAAUGAUUGCCCUGUCUUUGGCACAGGUGUGGCUUCAGAACUGCACACCGUGCUUUAAGAUGUGAACAGACUGAACUGUCUAAAAGCAAUCCAGUAAAGGAGCAAGAGGUUACGGGCAGUAAAAAGCUCUUUUUUUUCUUUUAUUUUUAAAUUGAGGUCAGUGAUAGAUUCUGCUUGUUAGAAAAGACAGAAAGUCUCAUUUUGCAGCAAAAGACUUUUAAUUUGGUAAUUAGGAAAAGCUUCCUCUGCUGUAAGACACAGAACGUUACAGUGAGGGAUUGUGAAGUUGCGCUCAUUGACUAUUUAAUGACCAAAGCACUGAGAUAAAUUCUGUGUUUGUGCGUAAAUCUGCAGAAUGGCACUUUUAGUACAGGAUGUUUUACAAUAUGGUAUCGCUGCCUUUUGAGACCAAGUUCCAGUCCCAUGUGGUGGGCCCAGAGGGCAGCAAGGGGCUGUGAGCCCCCCCAGGGGGGUGGUUCCAAGUGGAUGGUGCCCAUUUCAGAUGCCUUUCUCCCAGAACAAGCCAUCAUUUCUAUGAUAUCAUCCCUUCCUUUGUGUCAGGGGCCCUGUUUUCUAGUAGUACGUGCAGUCAGCUUUCAUUUAGGCCGUAUGAUCAGACACAGCACGGUCAGGGAGCUCUGUCUGCAGCCUGGUGAGAGCUGUAGUGGGCACCUGUGUUCAGACAGACUGGACUUUAACACUGAAGGUACUUUGUUAUUUUUUUCCCCUCAUUUAUUCCCUGACCUCCUUUCAGAUGUGUAACCAUGGCAAUAAGGAUGGGAUCUGAAGGCAGUUCUUUGCUUUAAAUACACGCCGUGGCUCUAACAGUUACCUAAAGCAGUUUGUAUUUUCCUAUUUGGAAGCAGAGAAUUUUCUUCUGCAUAGUAUCAUGUAACCUCCUGAGCAAAUGCUUGUAUUAUUUGAUUUGAGAAUCAAGAUAGUGGUUUUCUUCUCUAAACAAAUGAUCACAGGAAGGUCAUCUCUAUCCCCUUUAUGUCCCAGGUAGAGGAAUGGUGUCGCUAUUUAUUUCCAUCUGAUCUCUGGGUGCUGCUCUGACAGGCUGAGGAACUGGUGGGAGAAAGGAAGAAAAAACAGACACAAAAACCCACAAACCCAACCGCGUACAGCACAGUAUUAUAAACAUUAGAUAUCUAAGCAUAUGUGACGAAGUAUUUAACUUUCAGAAAGCCAGCAAAUAAGCACAGAUACCAACUCCAACACCACAGAGUGUGCUGGGAUUCCUGUUGGUGCUGUGCUCCACACAGGUGUGCUUAAGGUAAGAAAGAACCUGCCUGGAAAUGGAAACUGCUGGCAGGCCCAAAUGCUCGGGCCAAUGCAAGGCACAAGGCAGCGUUUCUCUCCUUUCAGGUUACAAAGUCUGACUCAGUAUUUUUUAAUAUAUAUGUCUACCACUACUUCAUGCACAUAAGCACACAGUAAAAACCAGCCACGCUGCCAGGAUGGGCAUCGGCUGCCUGCGAGAACAGAAAGGAGUGAAAAUACGGUGUCACCCCAGGCGGCUCUUAGGACCCUCACUCCUUUUAAUAGCAAAGGAAAAGAAAACCCAAGUGAGUAUUUCCUUUCACCUGUUUGCAAUGUUUGUGUUUUCAUCUUUGUAAAUGUUCAACAUUAGAAAAUCCAGCAUUGCAAACCCAGAAACCACUGUUUUCCAUCAAACCCUGCCUUGCAGAGCUUCACGUAGCUAUAGGUCAGAUGGAUAUUGGCACAUUCGGUAUUAAAGUUCCAGGUAACAUAAUGUGGGGUACAAAACAGAAGGGCAAAGCCUGGAAAUCAAACGGGGAGAGGAGAAAUAAAGCUGUCACAGACGGUGCUUCUACCACCAACAUUUAUUUCUGUUAAAGCAGAUUAUAAAUCAUCAGUACAAAUAUAUAUAACUUACAUUUGCUUGUAAGGCCAAAGUUUAAAAGUAAAGUUAAAAUGAGAUGGAUUCCACAAGUCACCAGAGGCAGAACCUGGAGCAGCUGCAGCCUCACCACAAGGGUUCACAAAUCCGCAGAAAAAUAAAAACAAAAGUUAAAAAAAACCCUCUAAGAUCUACUGACGGACAAACAGAACGUGGGCUCCUGGCAGCCCCGGGACGUGAGAUAUGGUUACAGUGAGUCUGUCACAGUAGUGUUAGAACCGAUAGAUUAAGACAAGAGAACUGCAGCAAUACAUGAAAGAAAAAACCAAUGUACUAUAUAUAUAAUAUGUAGCUUGAUUCCAAUAAAAAAACAGUUAAUUUUCCCCAUGGUUUUCAGACCAUGACAAUACUGUUCUUUAAUUUUCAUUAUUUAAAACUACAACGUAAUGACUUACUGGUUGUGAUUGUUGUUGCAAUAUGCUACUUACAAUGAACAGGUACAAGAACAAGCUAGAGCCCCUUUUUCCACCCCCCGGCGUUACUUACAAUAAGAACUGGAGAUAAAUCAAUCUUAUGUACAAUUUCUUACAUUUACCCCCCCCUUCUUUUUUUUUUUAAACCUUUGGCAAGAUUACUUACAACUCAUACAUCUUUUAAUAUCCACUAUUUAAAAUAUUCUAAAUGCAUAAAAAUAAAGAUUUUGGCUUUA